CGCAAUUUGACUCUAAUACAGCUUUAGAUGAACGUCGCGCCGCCUGGUAUCGCGCAGUUCGGUCUCGUGAUCGCCGGUCGCCCUGUCAUCACCGACUUCCGGGAAAUCGGGCCCGCGCACUACGUCGUGGACAUCCUGGAGCCGACGCAAGUGACCGACCUCACGUUCUUCUUGCUGCCUGGAUCGCCUGUACCGCCAGGUUUCGGAGCCGUACUAUACUUCGCUUUACCAGCGCUACAGAACUGGCAACUACUGGGAACAGUGUUCGCUGAGAAGCCGAGCGCCAUUUUCCGGACAUCGUGGCCCACACAUCCGGACGUGGUGGGUCAGCCCGUGCUGCAGCUUGGCGUGUCAAUCGAGAGUCUGGAUAAUGUCAAGAAUUUGGGCAUUGAGGCCAGCGGAUUGGAGGAGCGCAAGGCAUUUGCACUCAAGAUCGCGCAGGAUUUAUUUAACUACCUCAGCUCCUUCUCCAGUAGCAACAGCCAAAGCUACAUGACGAUCCCCACGAACUUACUGGACAAGUGGAUGGAGAGAUUCGAGGCCAAAUAUCGACGAGAUCCCAAUUUUAUGAUGAAAAAUCAGUAG